CCAUUUCAGACUUGAGUCAGCUGACCUGCUGCCAGCCAAUCAGAAGUCGCCGGCAGAUGUAAAUAAACUGCGUGUGCGGCGCACCUGCAGGCUAGCAGCAACAGGGCAGCAGACAUGCCGGAGGAGACGACAGUCCGCGAUAAGAGAGCAGCUGAGAGGAAGACGGCGAGCAUGCGCAGACAGGAAACUACUGGAGGUCUGUGGGACUCCGUGAAAAAGGCUGCCGUCGUCAUUGGAUCUGGAAUCCUGUUCUUGGCUGCAUUCGGCAACUCUGUGACAUGGCACCUUCAGAAGUUCUGGGGAGCGUCAGGAGACUUCUGGCAGAACCAAUGGACUAAGUUAUACUUGGCCUUCGAGGGCCGUGAAGCUUCUUUGUUCUACAUGGGGACGAUGCUUGCCCCCACUCUGGCGUUCUGGGUGUCAAACGGUCUGCUGCUGUUGGUGGACACCACCGGAAAACCCUCCUUCAUCACUCGCUACCGGAUCCAGAUGAACAAGAAUGACCCGGUGGAUCCGGUGAAGCUGCGGCAGGCCCUGAGGACCGUCAUCUUCAACCAGGUGUUCAUCUCGGGGCCCAUGGUGGUGGGGGUUUACUACUUGAUGACCUUGAGAGGAAACCCCUGUGGUCCUGAGCUCCCCACCUUCCACUGGGCGCUGCUGGAGCUCGCCCUCUUCUCCAUCAUUGAGGAAAUUCUCUUCUACUACUCACACAGGUUGUUCCACCACCCCAGCCUCUACAAGCACUUCCACAAGCAGCACCACGAGUGGACGGCUCCCAUCGGCGUGGUCUCCAUCUACGCUCAUCCUCUGGAGCACGUGAUCUCCAACACGCUGCCCGUGGUGAUCGGGCCGGUCAUCCUGGGCUCUCACCUGUCCACCACCUGCAUGUGGUACUGCGUGGCUCUCGUCAGCACCACCAUCUCCCACUGCGGCUACCACCUGCCCUUCCUGCCCUCCCCAGAGUCCCAUGACUUCCAUCACCUAAAGUUCAACCAGUGCUACGGGGUCUUCGGCGUGCUGGACAGACUCCACGGCACGGACGCCAAAUUCAAGCAGACCAAGCAGUACGAGCGGCACACGCUGCUCACCAGCCUCACGCCGCUGACGCACAGCAUCCCAGACCAUCCCAAGAAGGGUCAGUGACGACCUCUGACCUCCAGGGACAGUCCGAUAACCACUUUAUUGUAAGGAGAGAUGAAGCUUUCCCAGUCGCUCUUAAUUGGGUUUUAAUUGGUUGUUUGAGAAACUGGCUUUUCUCUGGUUUAGAGGGUUCUUUUCAGCCCGAUUUUUAACAGUAUUUAACCAUUUAUGGGACAUUCAGUCCAAAAACUGUUUUACUCGUGAUGCAUUCACUUACCGCUCAGAAAAACCGCCUUUUAAAGGCAGACGACCAAAUACGGAUGCACUUUUCUCUGUGGAAGCACUUCAGUUUAUAUAUAAACAUUUAUGUGAAUGUAUAUUUUCUAUAAUGGGACAGUAAAAUGGUUUUGAAGAAUACA